AUGGAUCGGCUUGCCUCGCUCGGGGAGACGCUCUCCAGUAUGACCAUCUACGACGUCAAGAGCAUGUACAAUCAGGCUAAGAACAUGGUCUUGAAUGUGAGCGAGAUGGAGGCGAAGGUGCAGGAAGCAACGAACGACGAGCCCUGGGGUGCAAGUUCGACGCUCAUGCAAGAGAUUGCCCAAGGAACCUUCAACUUCCAACAGUUCAACGAAAUCAUGCCGUCCAUAUACGCUCGCUUUAUGGAGAAGGAGGCCCGCCAAUGGCGCGAGAUCUACAAGGCGCUGCAGCUACUCGAGUACCUUAUCAAAAACGGCUCCGAGCGCGUCGUCGACGACGCGCGCGGGCACGUAUCGACCGUCAAGAUGCUCCGCAACUUCCACUACAUCGACGACAAGGGCAAGGACCAGGGCAUCAACGGUGAGGAUUAA